CGCCGACUGCCCGGACCCAGAGCCCGGCGGCGGACGCGGACCUGGAGCGGGCAGAGGCCGCGGCGCGGCCCGAGGACGAUGAGGACGACGACGAGGCACUGCCGCACUCGGAGGUGGUGGACGUGUUCCAGGAGGGGCUCGCCAUGGUGGUGCAGGACCCGCUGCUCUGCGACCUGCCGAUCCAGGUUACUUUAGAAGAGGUCAACUCCCAGAUAGCGCUGGAGUACGGCCAGGCCAUGACAGUCCGCGUGUGCAAGAUGGACGGAGAGGUCAUGCCUGUGGUCGUGGUGCAGAAUGCCACGGUCCUGGACCUGAAGAAGGCCAUUCAGAGAUACAUGCAGCUCCGCCAGGAGCGAGAAGGCGGCAUCCGGCACAUCAGCUGGUCCUAUGUGUGGAGAACCUACCACCUGACCUUCACAGGAGAGAAGCUCACAGAGGACACGAAGCAGCUCCGAGAUUACGGCAUCCGGAAUCGGGAUGAAGUCUCCUUCAUCAAAAAACUGAGACAAAAGUGAACCCCCGCACCCCAACCCCUGCCAGGACAACAGAAGGAUGGGGGCUAAGCAGGUCACAGCGGGCUACUGCCCUGGGACUGCCUCCUUCAGACAGCAGGUUACGGCCUCCCCUGCAGGCUCUGCCUCCUCCACCUGACACAAUCAGCCCUCACGCUUCUCUUGUCCACUCGGCCUGACCCCCCACUCCCUCCCGAGACCUAAACCUGGCACCAUGUGGGCCCCACAGGGCUGUGGGUAUACCCUGUAUACAAAAUAAAUCUAUUUGGGUUUC